UUUUUUCAAAGUUUAGUAGAAAAACUUCUUAGUUUAUCUUGCAAAGUUGACUAUGAAUAAUGCCUUCAAUGAAUUGGAGAUUUUUUUUUCCAUGGACUAAUCAAGUUCUAGAUUUCAAGCUCCUAUUUUAAGUUUAUUCCAAUUUUCUUAAUAAAAAUUAAUUUAUUUGAAAAACAUAUGCCAGAAGACAAUGACGUGAAUAAUUUUUUAACAGGAGUUGUUGGAAACUUAGCUCUGAUGUCUGAUCCACUUCAAUAAUUAUCUACUUUAUUUUUUCAAUGAUUCUCCGCAGCUUUAGAUAGAUCGUGUGUUUCUCAUAUUUUCACUUCAUAUAGAUCGAAGCUGCCAGGAGCUCAUUGUUUUUUCCUUGAUCCCGGUCCUUUCUCCGUUUGUCUUUGUCAGAUAUGGAGCAAGCCAUAGUUCUUUACCCUUCACCAGUGCUUACCCACCAGAUGGCUAUGGUGGAGCUAGGCAAGCUUCUACUCACUCAUCAACCUUCACUCUCUAUACACAUCCUCAUAGCCACUCUUCCUUUCCAAGCAGAGUCCAACGCCCCAUUCUUCUCAGCCGUCUCGGCCACCAUCCCUUCUUCCAUCACCUUCCACAAGCUCCCCAUCGUCACUCUCCCUCCGUCCACCCACCAUGACACCGUUGUUUUUGAUGUCCUCCGUCUCAACGACCCCGAUGUCCACCAUGCUCUCCGUACCAUCUCGGAUGACUACAAAGUAAACGCCAUUAUCGUGGACUUUUUCUGCAGCGUUGCACUCAAAGUGGCAUCUGAUCUGGAUCUUCCGACUUACUGUUUCUACACUUCUUGUGCUGGAUCUCUUGCUUCUUUACUUUAUCUCCCCACCCUCCACAAGAACUUCACCGGAAACUUGGAAGAUCUCAACCUUCUUCUUGAUAUCCCAGGUGUGCCACCAAUUCCAACCUCAGAUAUGCCAACACCAACACUGAAACGCGACAAAAAGAUCUAUGAAAUCUUCUUAGAUAUCUCCACCUGCUUGCUCCAGUCAGCUGGGAUUAUAAUGAACACUUUCGAAUCCAUCGAGCCAAGGGCCAUCAAAACGAUUGGCGAUGGACUCUGUGUGCCAGAUUGCUCCACACCACCCAUUUACUGCAUCGGACCUUUCAUUGCAAACGGUGGAGCUGCUGGUGGUGAUAUUGUUCCUGAGUGCUUGAAGUGGCUAGACUCGCAACCUAGUAAAAGUGUAGUAUUUCUGAGUUUUGGUAGCUUGGGAUUGUUUUCAAUGCAACAAUUGAGGGAAAUAGCCGUUGGAUUGGAGAGAAGUGGGCAAAGGUUCUUGUGGGUGGUGAGAAACCCACCUUCGGAGAAUCAAAGCCCGGCUAUGAACGAAAAAAUGGACCCAGAUUUGAAUUUGUUGCUUCCUGAAGGGUUUUUGGAGAGGACCAAAGAGAGGGGACACGUAGCUAAAUCAUGGGUGCCGCAGGCAGCUGUGUUAACUCAUGACUCGGUAGGUGGGUUCGUAACUCACUGCGGCUGGAACUCAGUGCUGGAAUCUGUGUGUGCAGGCGUCCCAAUGGUGGCGUGGCCACUUUAUGCAGAACAAAGGUACAAUAGGGUGUUGAUAGUAGAAGAAAUGAAGAUCGCUUUGCCAAUGGUGGAGUCAGAAACCGGGUUCGUGAAUUCAACUGAGGUGGAGAAGCGAGUUAAAGAAUUGAUGGAAUCGAAAGAAGGAAACUCAGUUAGGGAGCGAACCAUAGCAAUGAAACAUGCAGCCAAGGCGGCGUUGACUGAGGGAGGUCCCUCUAGCAUUGCGCUAGCCAGGCUUUUCGAGUCAUGGACGCAGAAAUCAGUGUGACUGAUCUGGUUUUUUUUUUUUUUUCUUGAUCCAACUAAGCUAAACAGAGUUGGAGUAGCACAAUGGGUCGAUCUUUAGUUGGACUUGGACCUUAAUCUAGCUAGGCCCUUAAAUAAGCCAACUGAAAGGAAAGCCUUCAAAUCUAAAGAGGAUCACAUAUCGAGUGAGCGAGCGAGCGUACGAGUCACCGUCCCAAAAGGAUUGCCAAUGGGUUACUGGUAUGAUUCCAAUAUGGCAUUGUCUCCUUGAAGGCGUCUUGGGUCCGGAACUUCUACACUCAAUCAGAAGUCUCUUAGGUGGUUUAGAACUUUAGAUAGAUAGAUAAAUAAAUAGAGGAGAAGCUAUUUUUGCUUUGGUGAAGUUUAUUUGUAGUACUUCGUUUCCAUAAACAUUAAACAAUUACAAU